UGCCUAUGACUCCCCCAGACAAAUCGCCAUCAAGUCCCCCGCCCCCGGUGCCCCUGGACAGUCACCCCUGCAGCCCUUUCCCAGGGCAGAACAGCAGCAGAGCCUCCUGAGAACCUCCAGCUCCUCCCAGUCCCACCCUGGCCAUGGGUACCUUGGUGAGCACAGCUCUGUCUUCCAGCAGCCCCUGGAUAUGUGCCACUCCUUCACAUCUCCUCAGGGAGGGGGCCGGGAACCUCUCCCAGCCCCCUACCAACACCAGCUGUCGGAGCCCUGCCCACCCUACCCCCAGCAGAGCUUCAAGCAGGAGUACCACGACCCCUUGUAUGAACAGGCUGGCCAGCCGGCUGCGACCCAGGGUGGGGUCAGUGGGCACAGGUACCCAGGGGCGGGGGUGGUGAUCAAACAGGAGCGCACAGACUUCGCCUAUGACUCAGGUAAGAGACUCUUGUGGGGAUUCCAGGAGUUUUUCUGGGAUUGACAGGGUGGAGUGGCAAGUACUCCUAUGAGCAGUGAGGUUAAGCAAAGACCCCUAGAAGGUUUGUGCCUUUCUGUGGUCCAUACAUCAGUUCAUAAUACAACUCACUUUUUUUUUUU